UCAAAUUGAAGAAAAAAAUAAAAUGGUCUAUAAGAUCAGAAAUUCGUCAAGAUGGGUGUAGCCCUAGACCUGAUAACAAUUCGGAUUAUGGAUCAACCUUAGGUUUCUUAAAGAAACAAAAUUUAGACCCUCUUCUAACACUAGACAUACAACAUUCUACAACUUCUGGUGACCCAGAUUCUGAAAUGUUACAGAAGAAAAACGAAUCUCCAAUCAUCAAUCAAUUACGAAGACCAGCCCACAGAGAUACGAAGAAUAGCAUUUCAAGCAGCAAUUUCGAAGCUGCUGAGGCAAUUCGUGUCACAACAUCCCUAUGACAUCAGAAAUUCCUCAAGAUGGAUGUAGCCCUACACCUGAUAACAAUUCGGAUUAUGGAUCAACCUUAAGUCUCUUAAAGAAACAAAAUUUAGACCCUCUUCUAACACUAGACAUACAACGUUCUACAACGUCUGGUGAUCCAGAUUCUGAAAUAUUACAGAACAAAAACGAAUCUCCAAUACAUAAAUCAUCAAUAAAUCACGAAGACCAGAAAACACCUAUUCCUCAAGCAAUUUCAAAAUAAUGUCAAAGACAAAAAUAUGCAAAAGAAGAAACGACGGGUAGAAGGAUCCAAAAUAAUUACUAGUUCGUGUAAUAAAAAUCAAAUUGAAGAAAAAAUAAAAUAAUAGCAUUGAAGAAAAAGUGCAGAAAAGCAGGAAGAAAAAAAAGUGCAUCCAGUACAUCACACAAAAAGUCUAAGGAGUUGGUAAAUAUUUGCGAAUCACCAGAAGACAACAAAAAAUUCUAACUUGACCUCAUUGUAACUUACUUAUGAUGUUAUUAUGGUAACUGAAACAUAGUUUAAUGGCAAUGUUGAGCAUUCACAGUUGUUUUAUAUGGUUGCAGCUAACAAGGAUUCUGUUUGUAUCUUAUUUACAACAAGUUACUCGACCUAGUCUAAUUAACUUGUCUGGCUCCAUAAUUGUAGACGAUGCUCCUUUUCCAUUGGCUGGAUAAUAAUUAUCCUGCAUUGAAUAUUGUGGUGUAGGCCUUAGACGGUAAUCUGAUGGAUUUAUCUACCAGACUAAUGUUUGGAAGACUCUAAGAAAUUAAAUCGUUGCAUAUGCAUAUUUUGGAAAUUUCCUUUUCUUUUUUUUACGGCUGAAUAUGCAAAAUAAAGUACUACUUCCGGUUAUGUAAUUUAACCGAAAUUUUAUAUAUGAAUGAUUAUCUUGAUUAGAAACGCUUAUAGAGCAUUUAAUUAAUUAGCCUCAAUAUUAAGUACCACUUUAUAUGAAAAUUAUUUGGUAUGUAAUCAGAUAAAGUAUUACUUUAAAUUAGCCAAUUUAAUUGAAAUUUCAAAUCUGAAUGUUUUUUCAUAUCUAUAAAGAUGUACAAAAUAUUAAACAAGUAUAAUUAUUUAAAGUGCAAGUUAAUAUGAAGAAGGUUCAAGGUGUAUUCGGUCCAAAAGAUGUUUUGCUGAAUAUUUACAAAACUGCAGGUGCAGCCAUGCAUUUGGUUUCUUUGCACAUCAACAAAGAAUUUACCUUGGCAGUAUUCAGAAAGAUGUCAAGCAUCGUUUUUUUAAUAAUUUUCCUGUGGUGUUAUUUGAUAUGACUCAUUAACAGAUCAUUACGGUUAAUUCUAAGCAGAUAACAUGUCUAGUUUUUUAUGUUUUGUUGCGCUUUGUGGCAAACAUUAGAACAUACAUCCUAUUUUUGCAGAAAAGAACAGCUUCACUAUUUUUGCAAUAUAUUCAGUUUUACAGUUCUUCCGCGAGGUGCCAAUUAUGUGUGUUUGUCUAACCAACAUCUAUCUGAGACCAUUGUUCUCCCAUAAUCCAGUAUUCGCUAAAUUUCAUGAUAACUGUGAUCUUGUUUCAGCAAGAUUGUCGUAACAUCUGUAGGGAAAAUGAUAUAAGUGAUUUGUCAAUGUAAAUUGUUUCAUCAAGAUCAAGAGCUGUUAGUUCACCCAUAUGUAAUACAUAACAGAAUUAAUCUUUAGGAUUAAGAAUUUACCCCAAAAUGAGCUGGAAUUCCAUCUUUUUAAAAUCAUAUCUGAUUUAAAUUGGCUUCAAACAGGUUUUUAAGUGCACGUAGAAUUCAUUUUAAAGCGCAAUUAACUGAGUACCCACUAUACACGAACAUACAUUUGGUCUUUGAGUACAGUUUCACACAUCUAGCUGGGAUUCAAUACUUUACAUUAUGUCUUGUUAAUGAAACUCUCAUCAGUUGCAAUUCUUGAAUCUGUCGAAUGAUGCAAUAGCAAAAUGAUGGAAUAAUACUUUGCUGAAUAAUAAUAAUAACAACCGAGAAGGAUUUAAAUGACGAUUCCCAAAGAGUUAGCAGAAUUCAGAGUUAUGCUGCAGGAAAUUAACACUCACAAUUUGUAAUUGUGGUUGGGGACGACUUUCCAGAAAUCAAGGGUAUGUAUGUCUCCAUCUUUCUCAUAAUUAUAAAAACUUAACAUAUUCGUUUAUCGAUAUCAUGCAUAGACAUACAAUUUGGUUGUUUUAAUUGCGUGUUUGAGUUAUUUUUAUUGAUUGAGUUGAAUGGAUUAAAAAUUAUUGCAUUCAAUAAUACUUAAAAUUUAUAUAAUUACGAUAAGAAGAUACAAGUCAUUUAUAGUAAUUAUUAAAACAUAAAUUUAAUUCAACGAUCGAUAAAAUAAUCGAUAAGAAUUUAUCCAUAAUCAUACCACGACGUAUUGCUGGUUCAUUUUAAAAAAAGAUAAGAGAUACCCUAUAAAUUACACUAUUAAGAUAUAUGUACGUGUAAAUACUAAAUUAUUUCUCAGUGUAAGUUUAGUCCUCGUAGUGCAAAACGACCGCAUCAAAAAUGACCGUAGAAGAUAUUAUUCAACCAAGCAAUGGAGAUAACAUAAUUAGAACCCAAGAUUGGGUGCCAUACAUCAAUCCAAAUGGUGUUGCUCACGAAAUUUAUACAGGACUAAAAAAAAAUAAAAAUAAAUGUGCACAAAUUGACGCCGUAUCAGGAAUUUCUGAAACUUUCGAUGUGGUUCUUGAAAGAUCAGUAAGAGUUGCGUGCCAUUUGAAAAAAAUGGGAGUAACCCCUAAAGAUAUUUUAACCCCGUGCACUACAAAUCACUUAAACACAAGCGUUACUUUAUACGCCAUCUUCUUCACUGGUGCUAAACCAGCUUCGAUGGAUCCUGGAGCGCCCGAAGAAGACAAAAUAAGACAAUUACAAUUAGUUAAACCCAAAUACGUAUUUGCUACCCCAGAAUGUGUACCUAAAUUGGAAGAUAUAAUUGAAAAAUUAAAUUUAAAUACAGAAAUCAUCGUUUUUGGUGAAACAGAGAAACAUAUACCUUUCGACGAUUUAUUGGUGCCUCUACCUGAUGAAGAGAAGGAGUUUAAAGUUUACACCACGAAUAAUGUUUUUGAUACGGUUAUGAUUGUUUUUAGCAGUGGUACAACUGGUUCUCCAAAAGGAAUUUGUAUUACUCAUUAUCAAAUAUUAGGAAUUAUAGCUAAUCAAAGCCUACCAUUCGCAAAGAAAAGCGGGGAUCCACAAGUAACAAUGUCUUAUGCAUCAUUGGUUUGGGCCUCAGCGAUAAUGCUUACAAUAACGAGCGUUACAGCUUCACAAACCAAACUUUUAUGUUCAAAUUUUGAAGUGGAAAAAACAUGGAAAUAUCUUGAAAAGUACAAAGUGGCCAUAGCAUUUUUAGCACCUCAAGAUUUCUUAGCUUUAAUGAAAUCAGAGAAACCAUCUGGAUUGGAAUUACCUUCAUUAAAAAUGGUUGCACCAGCAGGUGGAGCAGUUUCCUUAGAAACAUUAACGAAAGCAAGAGAAUUGUUUUCAAGCAGUCUCGUUUUUCAAGGUUACAGCCAAACCGAACUAUGGGGUUACGGACUUAGUCCUCGCUUUACUCCUGAAGGAGUUGCUGAAGUAGUCAAAAAACCAACGUCAACAGGAAAACCAAUGAAAGGGGGUAUUUAUAAAGUCGUUGAUCCUGAAACAGAGGAAGUUCUUGGACCAAACAAACCUGGAGAAUUACGCAUAAAAUCAAAAAUGAUUAUGAAUGGUUAUUAUAAAACCGGUUGCCGCGAUAGAUUUGAUUCUGAAGGUUUCCUUAAAACCGGUGAUAUAUUGUACUAUGAUGAAGAUUACACGUUUUUCUUCGUUGAACGUCAAAAAGAAAUGUUAAGGUAUAAAAUGUGCGCAGUUGCCCCAACAGAACUCGAAGCAAUUAUCGUUCAACAUCCCUCGGUUGAAUUAGCUGUAGUUUUAGGAUUACCUAGCGAUGAAGGUGACAUCAUCACUGCUGUUGUAGUAAAAUCUAACGAUAAUGUUACCGCUGAAGAAUUAGAACAAUUAGUUGCUAGUCAAGUUGAUGAUAGAAAACGAUUAAGAGGCGGAGUUAAAUUCCUUAGCAGGGAAGAAAUUCCUUUUACACCAUCUGGAAAAAUUAAAAGAAGACUUCUUAGACAACGGUUAAUGGAAACAAAUUAAAAAUGUAAUUAAGUUAAUUAAUAAAUA